GGAUGGAGAGGCCUGCGUGGGAUAGGCACUGAUUUGUUCAACUGCUUGGAAGAUUUUUUCUUUUCUUUACGGCAGGGAAAAUAAGCUGUCUCGCUAUAGUCUUAAAUGCCAGCCAUGUUACAGGUGAUAAUUGACGUGAUAUAAAUGGCUGAAAACGUGUGGGUUGGAGGUAAAAAGGCCUUAAGACAUGAGUACCGCUAACUCACCUCUGAAGGAACACCUGUUGCGCGCGCUCACCCGCCUGCCAGACGCACGAGCAAAUUCGUAAUAUUCUCCUGUUCCACUCUUUUCCUAAAAUUUCCGACUUUUGCCGUGGUCUUCCAUAUUACGCACCCAAACAACGGUUGAAAAUAAAAAACAGCCAAGCCCUUAGAAGGAUAAAAAAAAGUGGAUUUGAUGUCCAGGGUGCCACUCACACACUUUCUGCAUGGAGACCCAAGCGAGAUCGACUGUUAGUCGAGAUCUUCGGAAGUCGUCGGUAGGUCGACCCCGCUGAAGGACGCAGUGCAAAAAAAGUGUCUCGUGUUCUACAGAUUUCGGGUUGGUGCAUUCUAGACGAAUUACCAAUAUUUUUGUGGAAAUAUUGAGUGUAAUUUCUUGAAAAGUACCUCACGAACGCUUGUCUGUCAAUGAAUAUUAUAUGCUUUACGAUAAGACAAGUGAUAUUGAAUCGUCAAGAAGUUUCGAGAUUGUCGGUCAGUGCAUGAGUGUGUUUGAGUGUCCAGUUGCUUGCGCAUGACUGGUAAUGCCCCGCGGACAGAUUUCAUGAUCAAGUCAGUGGCCACGCACUGAGGGUGGAGCUACCCAGUGCCCUCUCGCGUGCGUGAUCGAGUUUUGAUAAGAAGAUCUUGCUUACUACAUCUUCACGAUCGCGCAGUAUCGCCCCGCUGGUGUUGCCGUCUACAUCUCGCUGCGUCCCGAGUUCCAGGCCUUCGUGAGUAAGACGCUGAGAUGGGCACACUCACAGCCCCUGUGCGCUAUAACUCUGCGCCGUCGCACGAUCAACUGGGAUGUCUGCCUGAAGUAGGGCACCCGCUCAGGGCACGACACCACUCCAGGUCCUCCAUGUCCUCCUACUGCAGCGACGUAGAAUGGCACAGGAGUGCCUCUCCCGCGGCCUCAAACCACAGCGGGCAUUCCUCGCCCUCGGAGAUUGGCGACUCCGGGGUCUGCUCGGAGCACGAUACGCCCCCGCCCGUGACUCGGUACCCCGCCCGCGCUCGCCCGCAUCGCCACCACACGUCCUCGGACUCCGACAGCGAAAGCAAUCUGUCCAGCGACUCACUGCCCGAGUCCUACCGUGAGGACGCAAAGGGAGACAGGUCGAGGCAGUCCUCCAGGCCUUCGGGGUCUCGCCGUGGCCGAGCGAACGCCCCUUCGGUCGGAGGCAAAGCCACCCUGCCGGAAGCGCUGCUCGACGAGAUCCGUGAAAAGUGGCAAGAGUUGCAACAGCGUCGUGCACAGUACGGGCGGCUCGACGGGGCAGGGCCAGAGCGAGGGCACGCGGGCAGGUCCGGGAGCCAACCUCAGUGGUCUGCCGGACGUCACCCAGUGCAGCGCCGAUCCUGCCCAGCGAGCCCGGCUCUCUCGCGCGCGUCCUCCAACUUCCCGUCGUCGCUCUCGCUCUUCGAGGAGGACCUCGACGCGUCCCGAGCCUCGCCUGUGUUUCUCGAAGGGGGUUGGCGGCCCCUCAACGUCAGCAUGAGUCCAGGGCGGCACCACGACGACGGCCACUACCUCUACGAGUGCCGCGAUGACGCCGCAGGUCAGGGCUUUGCCGGCCUCAGGGACAUAUUCUCCCCUCAGCAGGAGUCCACCAUCAAGAGUCACAAGGGCACCGUGAGGGGCGUCAAGAACCGCGUGCGGGCCGGCAUCGCGACUUUCACUUCUGACCAACGCAUCCUGAAGCACUUCAUGGAACGCGAGCGGGGAAAGGUAGUUGUCUACGUCACCACACUGGGCAUCGUUCGGGACACCUACGAACGCUGUCUAAGAAUUCGCAAGAUCCUAUGGACGUUGUUGGUCCGUUUUGAGGAAAGGGACGUGUUCAUGGCGCGUGAUACCCAGAUCCAGCUCCUCGACCGCCUCCAUGCCCGCGGGGUCACUGUGCCUCAUGUUUUCCUCGAAGGGCAGUACUUAGGGGUGAGUGUUUGUGUGGAGUGAGGAUAUCUGUAGGAG